AUGUGUCAAGGCGUGGUCUACGUUUACUCUUGCCGGCACCGGGAUGUUGGCCAGUUUCAUCUCUGCCACAAGGCACGUCACCCCACUAACUACUCCGGCUGCUGGCCGUCCAUGGUGUACCUUUUCACCGGCGGUGUUCCGAAGCGGCAGUGUGAGAAUACCAAGACGGUGCGUCAGUAUCACGGUGAGCCAUGCUGGACAUGCCGCACAAACCUCUCGCGCCCGCCGGCAGCUGUUGCCCCGCCAAGGCCAUCUCACUUUUCCCCUCGUUCAUAUGAACCUGAACCUAUGAUGCGGAUGGAGAAACCGAAGACCGCAACUACUGACACAUCUUCUGCCACUUCUUCUUCUAUUCGUAGGCAACAGCCAAGGGCUCCCACCCUGCCUCCCCCUGUUGUCAUCUCCCGGUCUUCGCCUCUGCUGCCGCCAUCACCCCCCCGCACUUCUCGGCCAACCAACGCCAGCGGCCGUGUGCGCAUUUCUCCUGCGGCCGCUCGUUCUGGAAUGGUUAUGACCUCUCCUGCUCCGUUUUCCCGCCCGCCGCGGAUUUCUCCUAGCUCAUCUUCGAGCCGCAGCCGAAAGUCCGGUGGCGACGCUCUUCUCCCUUUUCCCAACUCCCGUUCUAAGAUGUCUCACCGUCGACUGGACCAACAAGCCGCUACGCUUCUUGAGCCUCCGGCCUUAACUUCGCCCCGCCCGGUCAGUUUGACUCGCCCUCAUGUUCGUCGGCCGCCGACAUCUACUGGGCCUUACAAGACGAUUCCCUCUUCUUCGUCGUCGUUGCCCGCUGGUAGAAGUUCCCCCCUGGCUCGCAAGCAACAUAAAGCGAACAUUGCUACACGCAUGGCGGCUGCUUUGAGGACGCCUAAGAGCACGGAGUCGUUUGCUUGUGUGGAUUCCCGUCGGAUCGAGCGUGACUGGGUUUGA